GGUGUCACUCUCCUGUACAGACAGGUGCGUGCGCCUCCUCCGUGAUGCAACCCCUCUCCAACUGUUUACUAAAGUAGCCCGUCCUUUGGAAAGAGCCCUACCUGCACAUAUGCACACCUGCCCCAUUUGUUUUUUAACUCAAGGAGAUUAGAGUACUGGCACGCAGUGUGCUUUUACGCAUGGAAGUUGGAACCAGCCUAAUCACAUUUACGCAUGGCAGUGUCUCGUCUCAUCGGGGGAUGCGCGCGGACUUGUGAAGGCUUCACGGCGCGUCAACAGCGGGGCACAAAGUGAGCGACGAUGCGGGGCACGGAGCUGCUGCUCGGCUACUUUCUGGUGGAGAUGAGGGCGUGCCACGCGAAGGGCGAGCCGGGUCAGGCGGACGACGAAUUCCCGCCGGUGACCGGGUUCAACGACUCGGACGAAAGGGAGCGCGGGGUCACCGAGAGCCCGCGCGUGGAGGACAGGUGCCGCGGCUACUACGACGUGAUGGGCCAGUGGGAUCCGCCGUUCGUGUGUCAGACCGACAGCUACCUGUACUGCUGCGGCACCUGUGGCUUCAGGUUCUGCUGCGCGUUCAGGAGCUCCCGGCUGGACCAGACCAACUGUAAGAACUACGACACCCCGCCGUGGAUGAUGACGGGGAGACCCCCGCCGAAAGUGGACGUGGCGCUGGACGCCGCGAAGGAUAAAACGAACCUCAUCGUGUACGUGAUAUGCGGGGUCGUGGCCAUUGUGGCACUUGUGGGGAUUUUCACCAAGCUGGGUUUGGAGAAGACGCACCGGCCGCACCGGGAAAACAUGUCACGAGCUCUUGCACACGUUAUCCGACAUCCUGCCUCAGAACACACGGACGACAUUGGACUCGGCCAGCACUACGAGAACAUACAGACCCGAGUCUCAGCCAACAGCCUCCAUGGCAACCAGAUGAACAACAUGGCUCAGGCAUCGACUCUGAUAACGCAGCUGUACCCGGCCGUGGGGAGGAUUCCCAGCCCCUACGAACAGCAGAAGCCUGUCAAGGACCUCAACAAGUACGCCACGCUGAAGGCUGUGGCAGAGAAAGCUAAUGACGGCUUCUACAGCAACCGGCAGCAAGUGAUCGCCAUGACAACCAAGGGAAGCCUCCCCAUGGAGGCCGUGGACACUGAGCCGGAGCCGAGCAAUCCUUACAGCCCACCCAGGCAGGGUGGACACAAAUACAAAAACCCCAGGAGCCACAGCGCCCAGUCGCUGUGCUACAGCCCCGACGCCGCCGCCGCCGCCACCGGCCCCGGGGGGCUGGGGUCCUGGGGGAGCAGGGACGCGCUGGGGCUCCGGCAGGGCUACGGCCCCAAGAAACUCUGCAUGCCGCAGGAGGAGCUGCACGCCGCACGUUACAUGCCUCCACAGCCGUACUUUGUGACCAACAGCAAGACGGAAGUGACAGUAUGAGGGACUCGCUCAGCGUCGGGCCGCAAAGGCAGCAGCUGUGUGUGUGUGUGUGUGUGUGUGUGUGUAGUUGUGCAUGUGAUGGGCCCUACAAGGCGCCAGGUAGAAGUGAGGCGUGACAGGACUCCGUAUCAGUCAGCGCCCCCUGUGGAGGCUCACAGCCAUCAAUGUGUUGUCAUCAACAACAUGCAACAGUUACGUGACAUGUGACACACACACACACACACGCGCGUCAAUAGUAACGGAGACAUCAUUGGACCUUCGCAUCAUGCAAUUUCAAAUAAACCCACUUCGCAAAAAUGCAACUCUGUAUCCAACCAAUUCAAAUCUCUGGAGACGUAUGUCAAACAUCAUGGAUAAUGUUUGCAGUUUCAACCACUUGGUUAACUUUGCAAACUAAAACAAAAUGACCAAUUGGUUAAGUUUAGUAAAACAUUAUUGUUUGGCUAAAAAGGACUUUUUCACAUUAUUUAAAUUGUAAAAUGUAUUUAUUUUCAUCCACCCAGAACUCCUCUUUAGACUUCAUCCAACAAUUAGUUUGUUUUCUAAAUGCUGUACAUCGAGAGAUUCAUAAGCUAAGUUUAUCAUUCAUUAUUUCUAGAAAAUUAAAAAAGUUUAUCAGUCUUGUGUUGACAAAAAACUUUUUCAAUUUAAAUUUUUGGAAAAAGCAGCUCUCUCAUUUUCAAAGAAACCUCCUCACUGCCAAAAUGCAUCCUUCUGAUGAACACAUUCAUAGGAGGAGCAGCAGCAGUGCUGCAGCGGCGCCGCGUUGGUGUAAUAGUGCCUGUAAUAGUGUGGCGAUCCCAGAACACGACGAAGCAGCAGGCGUCUCCCGUGUUGGGAAGUUGAAGCUUCGUGAACUUCUGUCAGGAUGAACGUAAAAACGUUGUGAAGCAAAGUAAAGGGUUUUUCCCUUUGUUACUGCUCAAAUAAACGGGUGAACUGAAGACACAUGAACCGGUUUUUGUCUAAUUGAACAUAUUUACCUGCCGUUUCCACUUCUUAUCUCAGCCCGAGCACCGGUUGAAGAGUUCAUGGGGAAAAAGAACAUUCGUGACGCACCUGACAAAUUGUUUUUAUAAAUAAUCCAAUUUUUCAGCCAAGCAACAUACUGUUAAAAGAGAACGACGCCUGCGUGCAGGUCUUACUCAUGACUAUUUAAAGUGGCUGAUAGUGGGAGGCGCAUGAACAGUCUGCUGUGGGAAGUAUACUACAAGUCAGAAUCUCACACACUUCCAGUCCAAACAAACAUUAUGCACCGUUUUCCAAAAUAUGUAGACACACUGCACGGAACUGCUUGUGUUUCACUGUUGUAUGAAAUGUGUUGUUCACGCCGUUUAAACUUGACUAUUCUUUGAUCUGAUAUGUGUUCAUGUAAAAAAUGUUGUAUAUUACCAAUGAACGAUUUUCUUUUGUCAAAAGAAAUAGCUUUAUUUUAAUUAUGUCCUCAGAGGUACUGCAAUCACUGUUAUUAAGCUACACAAAAACAUAUUUACACACCAGGUUCCACUGUAACAUUAUUAAUUAAUAUUGAUAAAUGUUUGAUUUGCAACAUCCAGAAGUGAAAAAACAGUUAUAUUAUAGUCGAGUGUAUAAUGCAAGCGCCUUGAUCAGUUUUAACACAGUUAACUAUAUAUUUUGUAUGACCGUUGGCUCAUUAUCAGAAUAUGCAUCCGACUAGCUGUUCUAAUUGUGUUAUGCGUCUUCAUGUACAAUACAAGGUUACUAUGGUAACAAUGCCCUGUUUAAAAUAUUUACACAGUUCCAUUCAUUGUUCAUGCAGUAGAGAAGAUAUUGACAUUUCAUAUUAGAUAUUGACAUUUCCAUAUUGACAUUUUUGUUGUAUUGGAUUGUAUGAAAUUGUGGUGAAACAAGGUGUUUCAGUCUAUUGUGGUGUUUUAAAAUGUUUUCAGUGCAGAAAGCUCAAGAAACUUUUCAAAAGUUGCCUUUUAGGAUGAUGCAAGACGUCUUAUUCCAUGUAUUAAAUAAACCAUCCAAGUGUAGAAAAUAGUCAUUGGCAACAGCGUUGGUUGUUUUACUGUAAAACUUGUAGAGCUUUGUAAUUGGUUCCUUCGACUGACUUACCUCGUUCUUAUUGACUAAAAAGGAAAACAAACAUUUAGCUGGUGAUGGAGGUUAGUGGGCCGGCAGCCAGAAAAGUAAAAUAAAAUAAAAAUGCACUAUUUUCUACAGGGGGGGGGGGGGGGGGGUAGUAUUUGUUGAAUUUUUAUUUCCAGCUGGCUCCAUUGGCUGCCCCCUUUCCCUUGAUUACAACAUGGACCACACAGCUC